AUGGCUCUCUCGGAGUCAUCUCAACUCUUUCUGGUUCUCAUUGCCGUCCUCGCCUCUGCUAUAUUCUACCUCAAGUUCCCCAAGCGAUACCCACUUCCUCCGGGGCCAAGGAAGCUGCCGAUCCUUGGGAAUCUCUUCGACUCUCCUUCCAGCUACGAGUGGGAGCAAUACUCGAAAUGGGCGAAAGAGUACAAUACCGAUAUCUUGCAUCUGGAUGUCUGUGGCCAGUCGAUCGUCAUUCUCGACACGCACGAAGCGUGCACAGCUCUCUUAGAAAGAAAGUCGAAGUAUUACUCGAGCCGACCGGGUCUCACAAUGGCCAUAGACCUUGUGGGACUCGACUUCAAUGUUGGGAUCAUUCCCUAUGGGGACAGAUGGCGAGCUCGACGACGCUUGAUCCACGAGAUGUUGCAUGCUAAAGCAGUCCGGCGCUUCGACCCCAUUAUCCUUCGUUCUACCCACGCUCUUUUGGAAGCGUUGCUCGGCGCAGGCCAGGAUGACCUUGAGCAAGAGCUUCGACACUGGGCGGCUCGCAUCAUCCUUGGCACUACCUAUGGAUUCGACAUCCAAACGAAAGACGAUCCGCACGUGUCGAAUGCUGAAGCAGUUCAAGACUAUUUCUCGGCUACUGCGAACCAAGCAUCGUACCUCGUCAAUAGCAUACCCAUCUUGAAGUAUGUACCGGAGUGGAUGCCAGGCGCGGCGUUCAAGCGACAGGUGAGGGAGUGGAAGGAUCAUGUGCGCUAUAUGGUCAAUACACCCUUCGACGAAGUCAAGAACAAUCUUUGCGAAACCCCUUGCGCGCCGUCCAUCGCAUCGUUGGCUUUAGAAAAGGGUAUAGAGCAGGACAUCAUCAAGGACUCCUGUGCGACGAUGCACAUGGCUGGAACUGACACGACUGUCUGCGCUAUCCUGAACUUCACGCUUGCCAUGCUGGAUCAUCCUGAGUUACUCGAGUGUGCCCAGCGUGAACUCGACAAAAUUGUUCCCGGGCGAUUGCCUGACUUUGCGGACGAAGAGCGCUUGCCUUUCGUCACUGCGAUCGUACUAGAGUCGCUUCGGUACAUGCCCGUCACACCCCUGGCUAUUUCGCACUACUUCUCUGGCGAUGAACCCGACUUAUACAAGGGGUACAUGAUACCGCCAGGUUCCGUAGUCAUUGCUAAUGUCUGGUCAAUGGCUCACGACGAGGAUGUUUACCCGGAUCCCUAUGCUUUCAAGCCAGACAGGUUCUUGACUGACGAUGGCACAAUCAACCGAGAUGUGCGAGACCCAUGCGUCUUUGCUUUCGGGUUUGGACGCCGCAUCUGCCCGGGUCGUCGUUUGGCCUACGCUUCCAUCUGGAUUGCGAUUGCCUCCAUCCUGAAAACCUCCGACAUCCGCAAAGCGAAGCGCGCAGACGGCUCGGUCAUUGAAUCGUCGGAGGGGUGGGCUUCUGGCUUGGUGUCCCUCCCGAAGCCCUUCAAGUGCCAACUCACCGCGCGGAACGCUGAAGCCCACGCGAUCAUACGCGCGGCAGCAAACAAUCAGUAUUGA